GCGAAUUUUCGGUGGCACCAACAGCAGCAGAAGCAGCAGCAGAGGCGGCAAGAACAAGAACCGAGGAGGGCGGCCCCCGCAGCAGCCGCCGCAGCAAAAAAUGAACAAAAUUAAAAAGCAGCCGCUUGGAGCUAGAAAAAAACCCAAUCAACGAGCAGCAGCAGCGGCAGGAACUACAAAUACAAAAACAGAAGCCGCACAGUAAAUAGCCAGGCCCAAUCCAAUCCAAUCCAAUCCAGCCAGCCUCCAUCAGCAGCAGCAGCAGCGGCCAAAAGCAGCAGCAGCAGCAGCCGCGACAACGAGGCCAUCAAGUGAGUGGGUGGCUUUGGCUGGCAAGGACAGCCACGUUGGACGUUGACGUCGGCGGCGAGACACCGACGACACCGACGACUGCGACUGCGACGACGUUGUCGUGGCCAACACUGUCCGGGUCCGGGUCUGGGUCCGGGCCACUUUCGCGAAUCAAUUUCCGUUGCGGUGGCCGUUUCAGUUUUGGUUUCAACGUCGCCGGCGCUACGCGUGUCGUGAAUUUCAAAUGGCGGUCGCUCUCCCGCUCCCUGUCCCCGUUUUCGUUGUCGCUGUCGGUGAUUCUGCAGGUGUUCGCGUAGGUGUUGCCUGCCCAGCGAAUUAACGCGAGACGCGAAACGCGCAAGAGUCCGACCCCUGAGCCGCAGGCCAAGUCCCGAGUGCUAAAAAGUUAAGCAAACCCCGAAAAAGAAAACAAAGUGUCUGAGAAACCAAGUUACAAGUUGUGGCCACUUAACCAACCAAAGAAACGAAACGAAAAGAAAACCAAUAAGCCCCAAGAAAAGUCAGACUCUGCAAACUCCCAACCCAAAUCCCGACUCAUGUUGUUGUGCCCCGAUCUUGGCCAGCUGCCGACGGCGGCAGCGGCCUCCGUCAACAUGCCGCGGCAAAGGCAUCGCACCAGUGCCACAAGGAUACGCAAGAGACGCUGCUGCUGUGGCGGCCAGCCAGCGCCGGAGGAGCAACAGCCGCAGCCCCAGACACAGCCACAGUCACAGCCGCAGCCGCAGCGAGGCACAGCGACUCCCCAGGGCAACAGCCCAGUCUGGAGCAGUCUGGCCAGGGUGACGGCUACGGUGCUGACCACCGCGGCCCUGCUGCACACCACGAGCGCCCUGUCCGGGCCGGCCGCCGACGCCGAGCCCGUUGCACUGCCACUGCAGGGCACCUCCACGCCCACAGUCCCGCCUGCACAGCACGUGCUGAAUGCCACACAUCUGGCGGCCACGCUCUUCAACGAAACCAGUGGCCUGCUGGACGCCGGCUCCUCCCUGGCCACCUUGGCCGAGGACGAGGACUGGCUCGACAGUGUCUUCUGGCUGUUCAAGGCAUUCGUCAUGCUGCUGAUCAUCAUAGCGGCCAUUUGCGGCAAUCUGCUUGUUAUUAUUUCUGUGAUGCGUGUUAGAAAAUUAAGAGUUAUAACGAAUUACUUUGUAGUUUCCUUAGCCAUGGCUGAUAUAAUGGUCGCUAUUAUGGCCAUGACAUUUAACUUUAGUGUGCAAGUAACUGGGCGCUGGAACUUCAGCCCCUUCCUGUGCGACUUGUGGAACAGUCUCGACGUGUACUUCUCGACAGCGAGCAUUUUGCAUUUAUGCUGCAUAUCUGUGGAUAGAUACUAUGCGAUUGUUAAGCCGCUCAAGUAUCCGAUUAGCAUGACGAAACGCGUGGUGGGCAUUAUGCUGCUGAACACGUGGAUAUCGCCGGCCCUGCUCUCGUUCCUGCCCAUCUUCAUUGGCUGGUACACGACCGACGAGCACAAGGUGUUCGUCAAGGAGAACCCGGAGCAGUGUGCAUUUGUGGUUAACAAGUACUAUGCCAUCAUCUCGAGCUCGAUUUCGUUCUGGAUACCGUGCACCAUCAUGAUUUUCACCUACCUGGCCAUCUUCCGGGAGGCCAAUCGACAGGAGAAGCAGCUGAUGAUGCGCCACGGCAAUGCCAUGUUGAUGCACCGCCCAUCCAUGCAGCCCUCAGGUGAGGCAAUGAGCGGCUCGGGCUCGUCGAAAACAUUGACACUGCAUGAGGUCGAGCAGGAGCACACACCCACUAAGGACAAGCACUUAAUCAAAAUGAAGCGGGAGCACAAGGCCGCACGCACGCUGGGCAUCAUCAUGGGCACCUUCAUCCUCUGCUGGCUGCCGUUCUUCCUGUGGUACACGCUCUCCAUGACCUGCGGCCCCUGCCAGGUGCCGGAUAUCGUGGUGUCCAUACUCUUCUGGAUCGGCUACUUCAACUCGACGCUGAACCCGCUCAUCUACGCUUACUUCAACCGCGACUUCCGAGAGGCCUUCCGCAACACGCUGCUGUGUCUGUUCUGCAACUGGUGGAAGGACCGCCACAUGCCCCUGGACAUCGACAUCCGUCGCUCGAGCCUGCGCUACGACCAGCGGGCCAAGAGCGUCUACUCGGAGAGUUACCUCAACUCGACCACGCCCUCGCACCGCCGCCAGUCCCAGAUGGUUGACAACUUAUAAUACAGGAACGAGGCGCUCCUGACGCCGAUUGCCCAGCAGCAGCAGCGGCUGGCAGCGAGCGACUCCCGCCUGGCGGUCGCAGGAGGCACUGCAGCAGCUUCGGUCGGAGCAGGGGCAGGGCAACGGCCAGGCGCCGCCACCGGCCCUGGCACCAGACCCACACUCGACGGUAAGGGGGACGAUGUGCAGGAGAUACAGAUCGAAAUACCCAUGGAGUACAUCAACAAAUGGAACAAAAACAACAAUGCAGCUGCCUCGACGGCCUCCAGCCACGUUUAAGAGAUGUGCGGAGAAGAGGAGGAUGGAUGGAUGGAUGGGGGGGGGGCAUGGAAAGAAUCGAUUUAAUGCAAACAAAAUUGUCCAUUAAUUUGCAAAAUUAAUAUGCGUUCGCGUUGGUUGAUUCACUCGUAAUGUUGACAUUAAUCAAUCAUGCACUGGAGCGUGCCAUUUAAUUUUGCCCCCCACUGUGGCACUUUUCCAUUCUGCGUCUCCAAGAACAGAGCUGUAGGACAAUUUGUUAGUCUAUGAUUUCGAGUCGGUUAAAUCCUGUUAUCUUGUAAAUACUAAAUAUUUUUGUACGAGUAAAUUAAGUGAAGGUUGUAAAAUCAUUUCUAGCUGAAAUUUGUUAAACAUUUCAAGCAAAAUGCAGAAAAUCUAUUCAAAUGGCAAUCACUGCAACACACUGAGCUAUAUUCGUAGGUCCAGAUCCAGAUCCAGAUCCAGAACCGAAUACGAACCAUAAACUAGAAGAGCUAAUGCUAAAACUGUGCCAAUUAACAGACCGCAAAACGUAGACAUCUAUGGGGGGGACAUUGCAUCCGGCACAUGUCCUUACAAGGGAUUUUCCAUUCCCAAAAACUGCAAUUAGAUUCAAAGUCAUGGAAGCAAAAGCAAAGCUAAAACCCAUUUACGACAAUCGCAUGAAUUUGAAAAUGCUCAAAAGAUUCGAAAAAUAUUAAAUAAAUUAAACAAAAGAUAUACCUACAGAUAAAUUAAACAUAGCGAAAUAUAUA